AUGAGCGAAACUCAUCAUAUUGGCCAGCGGAUUUCUUACGAUGGCGCAGCUUGCACGGUGCGCUUCAUCGGCGGGGUUGCUGGCACGACGGGCAGCUGGUUAGGCGUCGAGUGGGAUGAUGCCGCACGAGGCAAACACGAUGGCUCUCACAAGGGCACUCGCUACUUUACAUGCAAAUCAAAAUCCCCCACCGCCGCUUCAUUUGUCCGGCCAACUCGUCCAGCAGACAGCCCCCAGAGCUUCCUCGCCGCCCUCAAUGAGCGGUACGUCAUGGAUGCGCCGGGGGCGGUCAAGGGCAAGUCCAAGAUCGAGAUUGUCAUCUCGGGCAAGGUCGCCCAGGAGAUGGGCUUUGACAAGAUCUGGCGGCGACAGUCGCGGCUGCGGGAGACCAAGAUUGUAAUUCUCGACAGCCUGCGGGUUGCCGUGGCGAGGACGGAGGGGGACGUCAACGAGGAGGGCGUCGCGGCGACGAUUGCUGAGACUGCGCCCAAGAUUGUGGAGUUGGAUUUGAGCAGAAACUUGUUUGAGCGGUUUGGGCCGGUGCUGGACAUUUGUCGAGAUUUGAAGGAUUUGCAGAAGCUUAGCAUCAAUGGAAACAGAUUUCUAGAUAUCCUAACCGAUGAUACUCUCAACGGUGCAGAGUCGGUUCUAGGGGGAGUAAUCGAGCUGCAGCUAGGAGAGACGUUGAUGAGCUGGCAAGAGUCGUGUUUAGUAGCAAGCAAAUGCCCUUCCCUGGCUACACUUCUCGUGGGGUCGAACCAGCUAUCAACUCUACCAACUAUAGUCCAAGACAGUCUACCAUCAACUCUGACGUCGAUUAAUCUGGAGUACAAUGAUUUCACGAGCUUGUCAGACAUUGCUAGCCUUGCGAUGCUCAACAAUCUUCGCUAUCUACAGCUCAAGGGAAACAACAUAUCAGCCAUAUCAUCUUCUUCCGGCCCUAACGAUGUCGUUUUCCCUCCAUCAGUACAAUACGUCGAUCUCUCUUACAACAAAAUAGACAGCUGGGAGUUUGUCGACAAACUCCCGGCCGUAUUCCCCGGCAUGAUAGGGCUUCGCAUCACCCACAACCCCAUCUACUACUCCAUGGAUGCCGAUUCCAAUGCGCAAUCUUCGGAUGAAUCCUUCAUGUUUACCGUUGCUCGUAUUGCUCAGCUCAAGACGCUCAACUUUACACACAUCACCACCACAGACCGCACCAAUGCCGAAAUGUUCUACCUAUCGCGCAUCGCGAAGCAGCUGGCUACGGUACCCGAAGCUGCAGAGGAUUCCGUCAAAGUCCUCCACCCGCGGUAUAAUGAGCUGUGUGAAGCGUAUGGCGAGCCCGACGUGAUUCGUCGUGAGGAAAUCAACCCCAACUUCCUCGAAGCUCGCCUCGUCACUACGGAGUUUCAUUAUGAGGGAGCUUCCGAAGAGGGCAAGAAGACGAGAAUCACUAGGAUUCCAAAGUCCUUUGACAUUUAUGCCGUCAAGGGCAUCGUGGGCAAGAUGUAUGGCUUAGCGCCCCUUAAAUUAAGGCUGAUUUGGGAGACUGGGGAGUGGGAUCCCGUAGCCGGAUAUGACGAACAGGAUGGCGAUGAUGACAGCGACGAUGAGGACGACGCCCUCCCGGAGACGGAUCCGGACAGUCAGGAAGCAAGCGGUGAAGAAGACAAGGCAGGCAGGUGGGUGAAGAGAGAGGUUGAGCUUACGGAUGGUCCAAAGCAGCUGGGGUAUUGCGUCGACGGGUUAAGAGCGAGGAUCAGAGUAGAGGCAUCACGCAGCUGA